AUGUGUGAAUGCAUAUAAAUACGUGGAAGUACGAAUCUGUACCGUAUAUAAUAAUAAUACUUCAUUCCAUCAUACUGUACUGUUGUCAAAUAAAAAUUGUAUAUUUGUACGGCUCUAUGUUAAGAUAUUUAUAAAUGUGAAAAUCAAGGUUAUGUUUUGAUUCAAGUAACAUAGAUUAACGUUAGUAUCUUGAAACAAUUAAACAAUUAAUAUGGAGGCAUUAUGGAAUCGAAUGCAAUUAGAACGUCCACCGAAUGCAACUUAUUGCAUCCAACGUAAUAAAUUUGAUACAACGGAAUUUUUUAAUGUCUUAGACAAGGCUCUGAAAGAUUUGAAAUCCCAAGAGCUGUUGCACAAGGAAGCAGCUAUUUUAAGUAGACUAAUUUACCGUAUGAAAAUUAAAUUUCGAAAUGAUAAGGGUGUGAAAUCCAUGUCGAAACUUAAUAGAGCUUUGUUGAAUUAUCUUUCUUUAUCUCUUGAAAAAGAAUAUGAAAAUCUGAAAAGCUACGUUGAAAUAAACAGCAACAAGAUUAAGUUACCUACUAAGCAAAUGGUAGAAUAUGUUUUAGUAAGGAUUCAGGGGUUUGCAAAGUUAAUGGCACGCAUAGAAGAAACCUCAAAGCAUGCUGCCCACUUUCUUAAGUGUAGAAUAGCUUUAGGCCAUGCUUGGACCGUUGCCACUAUUGCAUAUUCUGUUGUUAGUAGAAUAUGGCUUUUAUCAAGGCAUUUAAUAAAAAGAUCUUGUAUAUGGUAUAAUGAUUUAUAUCAGUACUUAGAAUUAUUCAAAGCAAUAGGUGUAAAUUGGCUUCCUACAGAGUUUGAACUGCCAACUAAUUUAGAAGUAUGGCUAGCAUUGCCAUGGAUAAAUGAACCUAUAUCAAAUGUUCCCAGUACUUAUGGAUUAAGUAAUACAAUGUUCAAAUUAAUUAUUCCCCGUGAUUACGACUCAGAUGAAGACAUAGCAUUAGAUGUGUGUAACUACAGCAAGGAAACGCAUCAAACCAGUUCUUUGAAUCCACAGAAAGAAAAUUUAACAUAUAACAAUGUAACAAUAGGGGAACAAAAUCUUAUUUUUGACAAUGAUCCAGGAGAAUUUAUAGAUCGCCGCACUUUUAAUUUAAAACCAACUAAACAGAAUACAUUGCAAAAUGCGCCUGUAGUUGCAAAAAAGGAGAAACACAAAGAAAUCAUAGAAGUCGAAGAUAAAAUCAGUCAAAAUAUCGAAGACGACGGUUUAAGUAUAAAACGUGAAAAUUUCAAAAUGACACCGAAACGUUUAAAUAAAAAGAGAGACCCACCAAAAGUAUUAACACUGGACAAUGUUAAGAACAAAUCAGAGUUAAUAGUACUACUGAAUAACGAAUCAUAUCCCGAUUUGGAUAAACUGCAGUGGAACAUGAUCAGAAACAAAGGGAAAAAACUGUUGAAUAAACUAGACGCAUCUUCCGACGAGGCGAAUCAAUCAUUUCCGUUGAAGAAAGCAGUUAAACGCAUACAACGGUGGCUCGUCUUUUUGACAAUAAUGGACGAUGAUCCAAGAGAGGUGCUGGCUCUUCUUAAUUCACUGGGAUUCGUUGGAAUUACUGCGCAACAGUUGAAAGGUUUUAUGAAAGAUUUGAAGUUGUAUAGAAAAGUAAAAGAACGUGAAAAGCAACAAAGAAAAGAAGAAAUCACGAAGAAAAUAAUAGAGAAACAGCAAAGUGAUAUAAAAAGAAUUCUUAGAGAACAGAGGAAGCAGUUCUCUUCAGCUGAGAACUAUGUGACCACUGAUUCCUCUAAUUCUUAUGUUGACAGUCCUAUCGUAAAGGUAAAGGUACAAUGUGUGUCAAGUGAUAAAGAGAAUAAAAAGUGUUCAAGUACGGAAGGUAGUUCUUUAGGUACAAAGCAAAAUGGUGUUACAAAGUCAAAGCCCAAAACAGUGUCUGAUCCUUACAAUGUUAAAUCUACUAGUGUUACCCAUGAAGGAGAUAAUACCAGUACUCAUUUAAAAAGUUACAAAAAAUGCUCAGAAUAUUUAAAAGAAGACAGUGGUCUUGUAAGGAAGCCCAGAACAAAACUAGAAAAUGAUACAGUUCUUCCUCAUCAUAAGGAGUCAAUAUCUUUACAACCCAAAAGACCCAUGAGUGCUCCAAAUAUACUAGAACACGAGCAAGAACGGGUUGGAAGUAGUCAAACAAAAAGUAUAUUGUCUACAAAAACUUCUCACUCUGGAACAAAAUCCUUCAUUAGGCCAUGGAGGUUACAACCAGAAGCUCAAAAAAGUUUAAGUAAUAAAAAAUCUGACCCAGUUGCACUUUAUCAAAAGUAUCAACAAGAGUGGAAGCAGAUGUCUUUCCCUGGGGAAGCUAAACAUGCAAGCCUAAGGUGGGCAAUACGUGAAAAAAUGUUAGGUGGAGAUCCUCAUCCUAUGCCUCUUCCCAGGAAGUCGACUAGUAUGCCAACUUUAAAAAAAAAAUGACCCUAAAUAAAUAUAGGAAAUUAAUUUUUGACUAGGAAUACUUAGUCAUAAGGAACAUAAUUUUUAUAACUGACUUUCAUUUAAUUAUUGUAAAGCAGAUGUCUAUUGUUGGUUAAAGACAACUACAAUUUUAUCAGUAAUAAAUACAGUUUCAAUAUU